AUGCACUCGCCAACGCUGGACGAGCAAGUUAAGGGAGAGUAUGUGGACCGGACCAGACCGCUCGAGAUCCCUGGUAGCAAGCCCGUCCAACCAGAGGACGUGGUGGACCCGAUGCUGGACCGAUCUGACCAGUCGUACCACGAGCACGUGCGGCUUGCUGAAGAGAUCCCGAAGGGAGAUGGAAUCUUGUUGAAUGCGUGGGAGCAUUUGCAGGCCGAGACGCUCGCCGCGCUGAGGAAUGAGGAUUUUUUGGGCUGGGUCGCUGACGGUCCUGUAUAUACAGUUGGGCCGCUCAUUAGACCGGUCAGACCAGCCGGUUUGGGGAAGGAGCUGCUGGAAUGGCUGGAUAAGCAGCCGAGCGAGUCGGGGAUGUUCGUCUCGUUUGGAAGUGGACGGAUUUUGUCGACUGAGCAGCCGGUCAAGCUGGCUUGGGGGUUGGAACUGAGCCAACAAAGGUUCAUAUGGGUGUUCCAAAAACCAACCAUCGAGUCUUUUGAUGGAUUGCAAUCUGAUGCAGGGAAGGCUAGGAUUGCUGACAAGCCACUAUAUUAUGAGCAAAGACUAAAUGCGACACUCCUAACAGAGGUGAUUGGGGCGGCAGUCUGGCCGAAGGAGCUACCUUCAAAGAAGAUUGUGGGGAGGGAGGAGAUAGCGAAGUUGGUGAGGACAAUAAUGGUGGAGAAAGAAGGGCACGGGAUAAGAGUUAAGAGUAAGAAAACUUAA